AAUUUGCAAAGAAAAUCAAGCCUUAGUUUUGUCUGCUACGCAUGGUUUCUGUGAAACAAAUCAAAUAUUUUUUUUUGUUUUUAACACGAUCACCGCCAAUCGUAUUUCUAAAUAAUGUAUGUAUAACCACAUAAAAUUGCGAAGGAAACCCUGGCUUAGUUUUAGUGUGCACCACAUGCUUUUUGUCAAACGAAUUUAAUAUUUUAUAAUACCACAGACAUAAUAAUGCAAACUAAUCAAUUGUUUUUUUCGACUUCCUUUAUUUGUUUUUAUUUAUUAACUUUAGAAUGAAUACGGUGUACAACAUUAGUGGCAGCUGCACCGUGUUUAUUGGCAACAGCGACGAACGCGAGAACCGCGCCCGACAAUGUUACAACUGCGGGAAGCCCGGGCAUCCAUCCCGGGAUUGCGCCAAGCCCAGGGGUGGCUCAGCUAAAAGGGGCGGUGGGCGCGGUGGCGGAGGCGGUGGCGGAGUCGGAGGCGGUGGUGGUGGUGACG